AUGUCUUCUUCUUCAGCCGGAGAGGUCAUAAUACCAAAUGACAUCAAGAGGGAAAAUGUGAAGGAGGUGGAUACGCGGGAGUGCAUCAAGCUUGUGGCGCUGGACGCGGCUGAGCUGUCCAUGGAGCGCACGACUCCCAGCGCUGACGCGGUGCGCACGGAGCUGCUGGUGAGCGCCGCUUCCUCUCUGGCUUUCUCCCCCGAGCAAGUGGCGUGCGUCUGCGAAGCGUUACAGCAGGGAGGUAACGUGGACCGUCUGGCGAGGUUCCUGUGGUCCCUGCCCCAGAGCGACCUGCUACGCGGCAACGAAAGCAUCCUCAAAGCGCAAGCCCUCGUUGCUUUCCACCAGGCUCGGUACCAGGAGCUCUACAGUAUUUUGGAGAACCACAACUUCAGCCCGUCUAACCACGCCUUUCUGCAAGAUUUGUGGUACAAAGCCCGGUACACCGAGGCAGAGAAGGCGCGGGGGAGACCCCUGGGCGCCGUGGAUAAGUAUCGGAUCCGGAGAAAGUACCCUCUCCCCAGGACUAUCUGGGACGGCGAGGAGACUGUUUAUUGUUUCAAGGAGAGGUCACGAAACGCGCUGAAGGAUCUCUAUAAUCAGAAUAGGUACCCAUCUCCUGCCGAGAAAAGAAAUCUCGCAAAGAUAACAGGACUCUCCUUGACCCAGGUCAGCAACUGGUUCAAAAACAGGAGGCAGAGGGACAGAAACCCGUCGGAAGCGCAAUCCAAAAGUGAAUCUGAUGGGAACCACAGCACAGAGGACGAGUCCAGUAAAGGCCAAGAGGAGCUGUCUCCUCGUCCUCUCUCCAACUCUUCAGAUGGAGUCAUAACACACGGAAGCAUCCCAGUUCAAACAGGACCUCUGGACAGUGGGGUCGUCAUCCAGCAGAUUGGGGACAUUAAGAUGUCCACCGGAUCCAGCAGCGGCCUCUACAAUGGGAGCCUGGUGACCAGUAACGCUUCCACCACCAUGUUUCACAACGGUGGCUCGUCCUAUCUCCACUCACCAGGAAACAUCCUCUUCAACAAUUUGGGCAUCCAGCCCCUGACGUUCAACCCUUUGAGGACACCUGGUGGGGUACUGCUGGGGGGCUCCGGGGCAGAGUUGCAGAUGCAGGCUGAACAGGAGAAAGGACUGGGCGGUGCCGAGGACUCCACCUUGCAGUACACCUCGUACAGCGGGUGCGUGAAUGGGGCUGAGGUGAAGCUAGAGGGGGUUCAUACCCAGAAUGGGGGCUCGUCCGUCCUCACCUUCAGCUCACCAUCGGGCACUCUGCAGGUGGGAGGCUACAGCCUGGUCCAGGUACCUGGGGGGGUCUCUGACAAUGAUGGCAGCUCAUUACUCAGCAACGACACAGGUCUUCCUCCCCUGCAGCUUUCCUCUGCAUCAUCUUCCUCAACAAUUACGCGACAAGGCAACAUGUCUCUGAAUAAUGUAGCAGUGAGUUCCUCCGGUGAUGACUCAUUCCAGCAGCAAGACAAGCUGACCAUGACGCCUCUGCACCACAGCACAGUCCUCUACAGCAUGAACAACGGCCAGACGCAUAUCAAGAAGGAGCCCCUGGAGGGCGGGGUUUACUCCACGUACCACCACGGGCUCCACAUGGACCCCAACGGUCAGAUCAGCUACACUGAUCCCAACUCCGAGGACAUUUCCCCCAGCCGCGGACCCGCUUCCACCACCGAGGUCACCGCUGUCAGCUCGUCCAGCACCGAGUCUGAAGUCUACACCACCCUCGCUAACAGCGCCCCACUGAUGGCUCAAACAGACCUUAACAGCCCCCACCUCCAUCCCACGGAGUACCUCGGUACCCACGAGGUCCCCAGUGGGGCCCAGUCAUCACACCUGAUGGGGCCUGGCAUGAACAGUGACUACCUGAGCCUCACACGGGACAAAGGUGACGGCUCGGGGUCGGGGGGCAUGAAUGAAAUGGUGCGAGCGAUGUGCAGCGAGAUGGAGGCUGCAGAGGGGAAGGAGCUAGCCAAACUACAGACAGUGCAGAUGGAUGAGGACAUGUCCGACCUCUAGCCUCAAACCUCCCUGAAGCACUCACGCUCACCUGAGCAGUGAUACCAUGAACAUUUUAUACUCUUUUGUGUGUGUGUGUGUGUGCGCGCGCGUGUUUUUUUUAGCCAAUAAUUUCCUUUAAAUUAUUUGCUUUGUUUGACUUUGUUUGUGAUGCACUCUGGUCAGAGAGGACCCCCGUCGGUGGGCUUGAUCAGUUAAUUGUGAAAUUAUGUUUAAAAAAACCUGUGAUCGUUUUUAAAGAAGCCCUCGUUUGUGAGACAACACAAGUCGACUCGCUAACCAACAGAAGUAGUGGCUGUCCGCGUUUGAGCCUUGUUUUAAUGUGCAUUUUUAUAGCCAACACCUGCUACUUCCUGUUGAGAGGAUUUGAUCUGCAGAAGCAGGUGCUGGAAUGUCUGGAGUCACGUGACCGGGAUGUUCCUCCAAACUAAAUGCGUCAUCUGGGUCAAACCAAAAAGGUCAUUCUGGAGGGGGAAGAGGGAGAGAGCCUCUAUGGAAGGAGUCAGUUAAACAGCUUUACUGAAGGAUAGCAGAGGAAUAGUAAACAAAAACACAAGGUUUAGGGGAAGAAAACUAAAAAGUGUCCUUCAGUAUAAGCACUUUAGCCUCUCAACACCUCUCAAGUCCCUGCAAAAUGCUGCUUUUUGUGCUUUUUAUCAUAUAAAAAUAAAUUAGGAAUCUUGAAUGUUGGAAGAGAGUGAAGAAGAAUGUGCCUUUCUGCUACUAAAAACUCUCAACGGCAUUGGUCUGUUUUGGCAUUUGCACUACCACGAUGACAUUACGAUGUUUCAAACACAACCUCCACGUUGAAAAGGUUUGUCAUGCGUGACAAACCCAAACAGAGAACGCUACUGCAGCGAUGGCUCCUAUUCCAGGUCCCCUGUGUGGCAGAGGCAGAAACACUCAUCACUUGUGUCUUUCAUUGUGACUCGUUGAUGAAGCUGCGCCUGACGGGAGGAUACCGGAGGUUUCAUUUUCACCGCCAAAUGUUGGAGAUCAUGAAUAUUUCUCAAAAACAAAACUGGAAUUUAGAUAUUUCAAGUGUUCAUAAAAUGAAGGGAAACAGUUUCAACACGACCAGAAGGGAUGCGUGUACACGCCCACAUCUAAACACGAUAUUCCUCGGUUUUUCAUGGCCUCACAGCAUUUUGAACACGAGUGCCUUUUACAUUUGUUGUGUGGGCAACAAUAAAAGUUGGGGCAUCAAUGAUCAGAAAGCAACUUCAGAGAUUCACCGCCGUCGCCUCUGCAUUCGUUUGGUGUCUCACACACACACACACACACACACACACACACACACACACGUAAAAAAAAGCUCAAAUCCCAUUUGUCAAAGCAGUCUGAGCUUUUCAGGAGCCCAACAUCUUCAUGUCAUCCCAUAAUAGCACAUGUCAACCAUCACAUGCAUCCAUCAUGUGUGAGUGGACCUUUCAGUGAAAGUUUCCUCAGUGCUUUAAUGUAAUAAACCAAAAGAAUUACAAGCAAAAUGUUUUUUUUAUUUUAUUUUAUCUUAGUUUGAAUUAUACGUUUGUUAUCUGAAAUUAUGUGAAUGUAUUUUUCUAAAUCUGUGUACUGCAAUAAAAGUUUAUAUUUAUAAAAAUGCAAA